GCCGAAAUCGGAGGUUUAAGCGAUGUUUAGCCUGCCGAGUGCUCUGCUUCCUUAGCGUUUGUGAUGAUAUGAGGAUUGGCACUUCAAUGGCGCUUGUCCAGCACGUGUGCUUCGCGCCUCUCGCACGUGCAGUGCGCCCUCGUACCCUUGCGGUUUUUCGCUCCUGCAACUUCUCUACUGCCUCCCCCACGCGUGCCUCCCUCGCUGAUUCGCAGCACGUCCUCCUCGGCAUGUCCGAGCAGGAGCUCCAACAGCUCGCCGUCGACUUCGAACAGGAAAGGUAUAGAGGGAAGCAACUCCAUCAUCUUAUUUACAAGAGAAAGGUGAAGGAAAUUCAAGAUUUCAGUCAAAUGCCUCAGGCAUUCAGGAAUGGUCUUCAAGAAGCUGGAUGGAGGGUUGGGCGGUCGCCCAUUUAUGGCACUGUCACUGCUGCUGAUGGGACUAUUAAGUUGUUAAUUAAGUUGGAAGACAACAGACUGAUUGAAACCGUUGGCAUACCAGUUGAAGAUGGCAAAGGUUCAGUGCGCCUUACAGCAUGCGUAUCAUCACAGGUAGGCUGCCCUCUGCGUUGCUCAUUUUGUGCCACUGGAAAAGGGGGAUUCUCAAGGAAUCUUAAGAGGCAUGAAAUUAUUGAACAGGUAUUAGCUAUUGAGGACGUCUUCAAGCAGAGGGUAACAAAUGUGGUGUUCAUGGGAAUGGGUGAGCCAAUGUUGAAUCUGAAGUCAGUACUUGAAGCACACCAGUGCUUGAAUAAGGAUGUGCAAAUUGGGCAAAGAAUGAUCACGAUAUCUACUGUGGGGGUUCCAAACACAAUUAGAAAGCUGGCUUCUCUCAAACUUCAGUCAACAUUGGCUGUCAGCCUACAUGCUCCAAACCAGAAACUUAGGGAAGCAAUUGUGCCAAGUGCAAAAUCCUAUCCUCUGGAUGCAAUCAUGAAAGAUUGCAAGGACUACUUCCUUGAAACCAGUCGGCGGGUUUCCUUUGAGUAUGCACUCUUAGCUGGAGUCAAUGAUACAACAGGGCAUGCAGUGGAACUUGCAGAUCUUCUCCAUGAGUGGGGACGCGGUUAUCAUGUAAACCUGAUACCUUUCAAUCCAAUAGAAGGCUCAGAGUAUAAGCGGCCACACAAAAAAGCUGUGAUGGCAUUUGCGGCUGCUCUGGAAUCGCGUAAAAUAACAGUUAGCACACGGCAAACAAGGGGCCUGGAUGCUAGUGCGGCUUGUGGUCAGCUAAGAAACAAGUUCCAGAAGAGUCCUUUGCUCACGGACUCUGACAACGUGCAAUCUGAAUUAGAUGUUGCAGUUGCAUGUUGAUGCAUUUUUAUUCCUCGAUCUGUAUGAAGCUUCAUGAAAGAGGCGCAUCGUGCUUGAUUGUGAGCGGGACGAAUAUAAACUUUGGAUAACGCUGAGUCGACUGCAGAAGUGAAGUUUUUCUUUUGCAUAUUGAUGAGAUGUUGGCAAAGAACUGUAUGUGGACGGUGCCCUAUGAAGAACUGCUAGACCCGCUGGAUUGUGGAUGGCCUGCAAAGUCACAAGUGAACUGACUACUUUCCUCAUAGAAUCACUAUUUAUGUAUUUUUAACCGUUCGGUUGGUUCCUUAAUAAGGUGUAACUUGCAUUCAUAGUUGGCAGUGAUGCUCGACUUUAUUCCGCACUGGAGGCAGGGCCAUAUGACAUUUCAAAAAGACACUGCAAAACAGGCAUUUUAUUUUAUAGGUGCUGGCUUCUUUUCCAU